AUGGCAGCAAAGUAUGUUCAAGCAGAUGCUCCUACCAAUAAAACAUUGGCUGGGCUGGUGGUGCAGCUGCUACAGUUCCAGGAAGAUGCCUUUGGAAAACAUGUCACCAAUCCUGCCUUCACCAAACUUCCUGCAAAGUGCUUCCUGGAUUUCAAAGCUGGAGGCACAUUAUGUCACGUUCUUGGUGCUGCUUACAAGUAUAAGAAUGAACAAGGAUGGCGGAGGUUUGACCUUCAGAACCCAUCCCGAAUGGAUCGUAAUGUGGAAAUGUUCAUUAACAUUGAGAAGAUGCUAGUGCAGAAUAAUUGUUUGAGCAGACCAAUCAUCUACCUCAUUCCAGAUAUAGAGCUGAAGUUGGCUAACAAACUAAAGGAUAUUGUCAAACGUCACCAGGGAACAGUAACUGAGGAGAAGUCGAAGGCAACCCACCAUGUUUAUCCCAGUCCUACCUCACUGGAUGAUGAUGAAUGGUUGAGACCUGUGAUGAAAAAGGAUAAGCAAGUGCUGGUACACUGGGGCUUUUACCCAGACAGCUAUGACACUUGGGUGCAUGCUAGUGAUAUUGAUGCUGAAAUUGAAGAUCCUCCAAUUCCAGAAAAACCAUGGAAGGUUCAUACCAAAUGGAUUUUGGACACGGAUGUAUUUAACGAGUGGAUGAAUGAAGAGGAUUAUGAAGUGGAUGAGAAUAGGAAGCCAGUGAGUUUUCGGCAGCGAAUCUCUAUGAAGAAUGAAGAGCCAGUGCGUAGUCCUGAGAGGAGAGACAGAAAAGCAGCAGCAAGCACCAGGAAAAGAAAGCAUUCGCCUUCCCCUCCUCCCACUCCAGUGGAAUCAAGGAAAAAGACUGGAAAAAAAGGACAAGCAGGUCUGUAUGGGAAAAGGAGAGGUCAAAAAGAAGAGGAUGAGCAAGAAGAUCUUACCAAGGACAUGGAAGACCCAAUACCUGUACCCAACAUAGAAGAAGUGGUACUUCCCAAAAAUGUGAACCCAAAGAAAGACAGUGAAAACACCCCGGUGAAAGGAGGAACAGUAGCAGACCUAGAUGAACAAGAUGAAGAGACAGUGGCUGCAGGAGGAAAGGAAGAUGAAGAUCCUAAUAAAGGUGAUCAGAGCCGAUCGAUUGAUCCCGGUGAAGACAACGUCACCGAGCAGACAAAUCACAUCAUUAUUCCAAGCUAUGCAUCCUGGUUUGACUACAAUUGCAUUCAUGUAAUUGAGCGCCGUGCUCUUCCAGAGUUCUUCAAUGGGAAAAACAAAUCCAAGACUCCAGAAAUAUACCUGGCUUACCGAAACUUCAUGAUUGAUACGUAUCGCUUGAACCCUCAGGAGUACUUGACCAGCACUGCUUGCCGACGGAACCUGACCGGAGACGUAUGUGCUGUAAUGAGGGUGCAUGCCUUUCUGGAGCAGUGGGGUCUCAUUAACUACCAAGUGGAUCCAGAAAGCCGUCCUAUGGCCAUGGGCCCCCCUCCUACUCCUCAUUUCAACGUGCUUGCAGAUACUCCCUCUGGACUCAUGCCUCUCCAUAUCCGAACUCCUCAGGUCCCUGCUGCUCAGCAGAUGUUGAGUUUUCCUGAAAAAAACAAAGAAAAGCCCACUGACCUGCAGAAUUUUGGACUCCGCACAGACAUUUAUUCAAAGAAGACCUUAGCAAAGAGCAAAGGAGCCAGUGCUGGAAGAGAAUGGACAGAACAAGAAACACUACUGCUACUAGAGGCUCUGGAGAUGUACAAGGAUGACUGGAAUAAGGUCUCUGAGCAUGUUGGCAGCCGUACCCAGGAUGAGUGUAUUCUCCAUUUUCUGAGGCUUCCCAUCGAGGACCCGUACUUGGAAAACUCUGAUGCAUCUCUAGGCCCGCUGGCUUACCAACCUGUGCCUUUCAGCCAGUCCGGAAACCCAGUGAUGAGCACUGUUGCUUUUCUGGCAUCUGUAGUGGAUCCCCGGGUGGCGUCCGCUGCAGCUAAAGCUGCUUUAGAGGAAUUUUCUCGGGUGCGAGAGGAGGUACCACUGGAACUUGUUGAAGCCCAUGUCAAGAAAGUGCAGGAAGCAGCAAGAGCCUCUGGCAAAGUGGAUCCAACUUAUGGACUAGAGAGCAGCUGCAUUGCUGGAACAGGUCCAGACGAGCCAGAGAAAUUGGAUGGAGCUGAAGAAGAAAAAAUGGAAACCGAGACAGAUGGGCAGCAGUCAGAAAAAGUGGAAAGUAAAGGAGAAGGUGAAAUGGAGGAAGGUGAAAAAGUUCAGGAAGGAGAAAAUGAGAGAAAUCCAGAAAAGGAGCAAGACAGUGAAGUGACUGCUGAUGUCAAGCCAGAAGAGAAGGAAGCAGAGGAGAACAAGGAAAACGUUGAUGCAGGCAAAGACAAGGAGAGUGAUACUGGGAAGAAGAAAGUGGAACACGAGAUCUCUGAAGGAAAUGUAGCAACGGCUGCAGCUGCAGCUCUUGCCUCAGCUGCCACCAAAGCAAAGCACCUGGCAGCAGUGGAAGAGAGAAAGAUCAAAUCUUUGGUAGCUCUCCUGGUGGAAACACAAAUGAAGAAACUGGAGAUCAAGCUUCGUCAUUUUGAGGAGCUGGAAACGAUCAUGGACAGAGAGAAAGAAGCUCUAGAACAGCAGAGGCAGCAACUGCUGACGGAGCGCCAGAACUUCCACAUGGAGCAGCUGAAAUACGCUGAAUUACGGGCUCGCCAGCAAAUGGAGCAGCAGCACAGUCAGAACGCCCAGCAGUCGCACCAGCACUCCAGCGGGCCAGGCAUGAACCCACUCGGGGCGCCCACACAUCCGGGCUUGCUGCCCCAUCAGCAGCCCCCUCCGUACCCCAUGAUGCAUCACCAGAUGCCCCCUCCUCACCCACCACAGCCAGGUCAGAUGCCAGGACCCGGUGCGAUGAUACCUGGGCAGCCCGUGCCGGGCCGGAUGAUGCCAAGCGUGUCUGCCAACAUCCACCCACCAGGCAGCGGCCCUGCACCCCCGGGCAUGUCGCCCAUGUCAGGAAACAUCAUCGGACCUCGCGUUCCCCUCGCAGCUCCAAACGGCAUGUAUCCCCCUCCAUCGCAGCAGCCACCACCGCCAGCUGAAGGGGUGAUCGCCCCUGCCGCGGGAGCACCGCCGGCCUCCGCAGCCCCCUAACUGAGCCCGCAGCACGGAGCGCCCAGAGCCGAGACAGUGGUGACCAAAAACAGAUUCCUCAGUUUUUCAGUUCCUUUUAGGGUUUUUUGCCUCCAGUCAGCCUGCCUGCACACGCGCACACGCGCACCCUAGUAGUCUGGCAUUCUUUAGUUGUACUCCCUUGAGGAGGGUUCAUUUUGAAGCUGUAGAGCAGUAGACAGUAGUGCCUCCGUGUUGCUGGCAGGAAGCCUGUGUGCAUUGGUCUGUUCUCCUGGAGGAACUGCUCCGUUCUGGUUCUUUCAUCUUGCUGCCUCCACUCUGUCUGCGUUUGGGAUCCUCUGACAGAGCAGGGGGGGGUGUCCCCAUGCUGCCAGGUGUUGCAGGUGGCAGCAUUUGAUGUUCUGGGUUCUCCAGGUGGAAAGAGCGAGGCAUCAAGAUGAACAGCAGCAACCAGAGUUUGGGCAGGCGUGGGAGAGGGAGGGAGCUCCUCUUUCCACUGCUCAGCAGCGGGAACUGCAGGACUGCUGACCACAUUCAUUACAGGUAGAUAAUCGUUAAGCGCAGUAGCUGAGCCCCAGGGCUCCUCGCUAACUUAUUAAAGGAAAUAUUGAUCCAGUGCGAGUGGAGCUGGGAGUGAAUCAAUUAGAAGAAAACCACUCGCUGACCUGAGCUUUCCUGCUCCAGCUUAUCUUUUAUUUUGUGUUUGAAUUGGAAGGAGGGAAGGGUGGUAGCAGCAUCGUCCCUUUGAGUAGUUCAGUACAGUAGCCAGCUGAGGAAUUAAAGACAGGUUUUUAGUCCCUCUCUUUUGGAGCAUAUGCAUUUUUGUUUUGUUUUUCCUUUAAAAAAUGAACAAAAAAAAA